AUGACAGUUGAAAUACCUAAACACUCUUCAAACAAAUAUGAGUACAACCUUGCUAAUAAUAGUUGGGAACUUGAUCGAGUUUUAUCAGGAGCCAUGUUUUAUCCCGAGGAAUAUGGCUCUGUUUCAGACACGUUAGACUAUGAUGGUGAUCCUUUAGACAUUAUUUGUAUAACCGAGAAACCUACCUUUCCUGGUUGCCGAAUUCCGGUUAGAAUAGUAGGAGUUUUAAAAAUGAUUGACGGCAAUGAAAAGGACGAUAAAUUAUUAGUCGUAAAUGAUGUUGAUCCGCGCCUGAAAAAUAUUAACGACUUAAAAGACGUUCCUAAGGCAAAAUUAGACGAAAUUAAUCACUUUUUUUCUCACUACAAAGAUCUUGAAAAAAAAAAGGUAAUUAUUCAAGGAUUUUAUGACAAAAAAGCAGCAGAAAAAGUUUUAGAAGAUUGUCAAAGUUUAUACAAAAAAUACCGCCACUUAAUAGAAAAGAAAUUUGAUAAAAAAGAACUAGUAAAAAUUUUAAGUAAAGAUAAAGAAGACUAUAAAAAAGAUGAGUAA